ACAAUCUCUCUCUCUCUCUCUCCCUCUCUCUCUCUCUCUCAGAAGAAAAACCCAACUCUCCCUCAAAAACACUUAUAUUUCUCCCCAUUUUUCCUUCUCCACAGAAAAUCCCACCUAUCCCAUUGCAAGAACACCCCAUUUCUGGUGCAUUUCCGCCCGAUUUCAGGCCCAAAAUUCCAAAUCCAUGGCCCUAGAAAAAGACACAAUUUCAUUUCAGCCCAAUACCUCAGAAUUCUUCAAAUCGCCAGAAAAUUCCAACCCUAAUCUCUCCAAUGGAAGAAGCCCUCUUCAGAAAUCCGCCAAGUUAAAGAAAUCGUCCAGGAAAAACCCGAUUCGGGACAAACCCCCGACUCCGGAAUUCUGCCCUGUUUCAGAGAAGAUCAGUUCCAAUCUCUCUAGCAGAAGCCCUUCGACGAAAUCUGUCUACUCCGAGACAGUUGGAUCCGUAAAAUCGAGGAAAGCUUCUCCAAGAAAUCCUAUCCGCAUCAGGUCUCCUCCAAAUACCAUUAAAGAAAGGAAGUUCAUCACAGCCAAGAAGAACUCAGAGAAGCGGACCGCAGCAGCCGCCUAUGAGGAUCUCCGCGCAUCACAAGAGGAAUUCAUCCGGGCCGACGGGCUCGGAAGAGAACCUAAUGGAUUGAAGACCAAGGAUCAGGCGAUCAUGACCGUCCAACCAUCAUCUGAAGCAGUAGAAUGUGGGCCCUUGACGGAAAAAUCAGAAAUCCAAGAACCCGAUGAUUUUGGGUUGCCGAAUGAAGUGGGCACUUUGAAGAUGAAGAAAAUACGGAAUAGGCUGCUUGAAGAAGCACGGAGCAGUGUUCCAGAUUCGGGGUCUGGAAGAGUGAUGCAUUUGGUUAAGGCGUUCGAGAGCAUUCUCUCGAUUCCGAAUUCCGCUGGUUCGGAGGAGAAGGAAGCUGUAGAGGCUGAAGAAAACAAGAAGGGAAUGAAAUGGGCAUUGCCAGGCUUGCGAGUUAAUGUCGACCAGACUGAGGUUUGUUCAUCUUCUUUUUCGUCUUCUGACCUUUGCUUCGCAUCAAAGAGUUUCGACGCAGAUUCGGGGGUUUCUUCUUCAAUCGACAGCAGCAAUGGAAGCUUUAGCAUAGGGAGCAGGACUUCAGGCCGAGAACGAAGGAGCCGACGAAAUAGCUCUGACUCAGGAAGAACUUCUGGAAGAAAGUGGGAUAAACAGCUGAAGGUCACCAGCCAACAGCCGUUCAAGCUAAGAACAGAGCAAAGAGGGAGAUCCAAAAAGGAAGAGUUCCAUAAGAAACUAGAGGAGAUGGUCAUAGAGGAGCAAAAACUACGGAUACCAGUUGCGCAAGGUCUACCAUGGACAACAGAUGAACCAGAGUGCUUGGUGAGGCCUCCGGUGAAAGAAAUCACACAACCUGUUGAUUUGAAGCUUCACAGCGAUCUACGUGCCAUGGAGCGUGCUGAAUUUGAUAACCAUAUUGCUGAAAAGUCAUCCUUCAUUGAACAAUACAAAUUGGAAAGGGACAGGCAGCAAAAGUGGGAAGAAGAGGAAGAGAUCAGAAGGUUGAGAAAAGUGCUUGUUCCAAAAGCUCAACCCAUGCCUUAUUUUGAUAGGCCUUUUGUUCCAAAAAGGUCAGUGAAGAAUCCAACCAUCCCAAAAGAGCCCAAAUUGCAUAACCCUCAGAAGAAGAUGAAGAUCAAAGUCUUCUCAUGUGAUGGCAUGAACAGCCUUAACGAACCUUAACCGUGCUUAUCUUCAUUGCUUAUGACGACUCUUCCCUUAUUCAUUUAUUUUUUUCCUGCAUAAUCAAUGGCAUAAUUGCAAUGUUAUCGACCGUUGGAUUGUUGUAAGCCUAAAUUCUAGUUGGGUGAUAUGUCCAAAGGUUGUGUAGAGUGGUAAUAUGUCCAAAGGUUGUGUAGAGUGGAAUGAUAAGCGUAAUAUGUGCAGAUGGGCUAGACAUUCAUUGAAGAAAUGGACUGUUUAGAAUUAUUUCUUUUUUCUUUUUUGUUUGUAAUCAUCCAUUUUCCUCCUAUGUGUGGACAAGCUCGAUGAA